AUUCAAACAAAUUGUGGUAUUGAAAAGCUAAAAUUUUUAUUAGUUACAAAUGGUAUUCAACCAUGAAUACAUUGGCUGUUCUGUUAAUUUCAAUUGGGGUCGCUCAAGCAGGUGUCCUCACAAAUCUUAUUUCCGAUGAUCCUCCUUCCAAUCAGACCAUCACUGAUGACACUCUUAAGAAGUUGUUAGAGUUUGUAAAAUCACUUGCUAAUAACGUAGAAACUAUUCCAGACCUCAACAUGAAUUCCGACACAAAAGUACUGUUUUACAAUGUAACUACAAAAAAUGCAACCGUCAAAGAUUUAAACACUUUUGAAACUUUGUUCACGCAUGCGGACAUGGACAAUUUAAAUUUUGCAGUUAAGAUACGUUUCCCCGAACUCAAUUUAACUGGGCUCUACUCAAUUAAAGCAAAAAGCGAGGACUUCGAACUGACUGGAGAUGGACCCUUCAGCGUUGAUGUCAAAAAUUUGACACUGGCAGUAAAUAUAAGUCUUGAAUUACUAAGCGACAAUACAUUAGAAGUGAAAGAUUUACUUUUGGAUUAUGAAGAACAGGCAAUUAAAAUAAAUUUCAACAUGCUUGGAGGAAAUGAAAUGGUCAGCCAAACACUCAACGAGUUAAUAAACGUCGCACUUCCAGAAUUAUUACAAUCCAUCAAACCUAACGUCGAGGAAUUGGCAAGGGAGAAAGUAAAACAGUACGGCGCAUUCGUAUUGGGUGGAAUGACUGUACAAGACUUCGUACAAUUUAUUUAUGAUUUCAUACCAAAUAAACAUUGAUGUUAAUUAUAAAUAAACGCAAACCACACAAAUUAAAAUAAAAUGUUUAUUUUUUUAUAUAAUG